GUUAGUAAACAAGUUUUUUUUAAAAGUCCGAUUUAAAGCCUCAAAAUAUAUAAAAAUAUGUGACCUUUUUUUCGAAAUCUAAUCAAUUGGAAUUUCGCGUAUGAGCUAUAAAAAGGUGAUAAAGCUUUAACACUCACCUAUAAGAAAUGUUGGGCGUUUCACGUGUAGCUAACUGAGUAAUCGCCACUUUUAUUCAGUUCUCUACAAGAACCUCUAACGAAUAGGUUCAACAAUGAGUGCAUCAAUUCUUAUAUUAUUUUGCUUACUUUUUCAACUUGGUGAUUUUUCGCAAAAAGAAUUUUUAGGCUGCUACGAAGACAACUACACCAUUAAAUUAAAAAUUUCUACAGAAAUUUACUCAGAACAAGAUUGCGUGGAGAAUUGUUACAAAGAAUAUUAUCCUUACGCGUUAUUUAGGGUGCUAAAUAAUUGCGCCUGUUCUCAUUUCAUUGGCGAAAUUAAGAAUGAAACUCAUUGUGAAGAAUUUUGUCCCAAUUGUGAAAUUAAAAAUCAAAUUCGAAAUGUUUAUUUCACAGGAUUUAAAGUUUUGGGACCCCCAACGAAUUUAAUGAUAUCAAAUGUAACAGAAUCUCAACUACAUAUUUCUUGGAACCCUCCAGAUGCAGCAAAAGCUUUGUAUAGUUACACAGUAAGUGCAAAAGUUAUUCAAACAUAUGCAUCGGUCCCCCCGAGAGAUUUGAGUUGGAACUUUUCGAACGAUACUUUUAACAAUGACUUAAGUAGCUUGCACCCUGCCACACAUUACAAUGUCUCAGUGUGGGCUAAAAAUCACCAAGGCCCAGGAAUAGCUGCUUAUCAAAUAGUUGAGACAAAAAUUGGAUUCCCAAGUCAUAACCCGGAGACCCCAGAAAUCUUAUUCCGGGAAAAAAAUUUUAUGAAGAUUAAAAUUAAACCGGUGAGGAACGAUAACGGCCCGAUUUCUUCGUAUUUGAUUAUUGUUUCCAAUCGGAGUUCAUUACAAACGGUUGAUACACGCUAUUUAAUGACUGUAACUCAAGCUCUUAAUAGCAGUUUAACUUAUUAUGUUACAGCUGAGUUUUUACCUGAGCAACUAAAUGAAACAUUCAUGAUCGGAGAUGGAAACGUUUACGGUGAAUAUUACAACGCCCCUUUAUCUCCAUCAACAUCUUAUGAUAUUUUAUUGGGUAUUAAGAGUAAAAAAGAUGAGGUUGAAACGUCAGCUUUCAGUUCGUUGUCAGUUGAAACGAAAUACAUCGGCGAUGAAGAUAGGGGUUUCAUUUCCAACGAGUUACUCAUUGUGUUAAUAUUUCUCGUUUGCUUAGCGCUUGUGAUCGCCUUAAUCAUUUUUGUAGUGAUUAAGCGACGAUUAGUGAACGAUUAUCGAAGACACUCGAAUGAAAUACAAGAAUUACGAGUGCGUAGUCAAGUGAUAAACGUUGAAAAUCACGGUUAUGUUGCAGAAGAACACCCCGAUUAUGUAAAUCAUUACGAAGAAUUACGUAAACAAGUUUGGAUGAUUCCCCACCAAUCAUUAAAAAUUGAUUACACCAAAAUUUUGGGUCAAGGAAAAUUUGGCUACGUUUACAAAGCAACUUUGGAAAAGGAUAUGAGAUAUAGGGAUGUUGUCGUUUAUAGUAUUGCAGAUAAAACGUUGACGCAAAAGGAAAAGGCAGAGAUGUUAAAGAAUUUGGGGAUUCUCAUUAGAGUGGGAGAACAUAAAAAUAUAUUGCAUUUUAUCGGAACUUGCGAAAAUUUAGAUAGCAUUUCCGUUACUAUGGAAUAUAAUGAGCUCACUUUAAAAGAAUUUCUUUUAAUGUCUCGUGUACGAAGAGAUCAAUCUUAUACUAAUUUAGAAGAAUCGGUGGCUUUAAAUAUUUGUCAUAGUAUUACUAAAGGAUUACAUUUUUUGCAUGCACAAAAUAUAAUUCAUAAACAACUUUGCGCAAGACAUAUCGUUAUGAUAAACCGAACAAUUCCAAAGAUAUCAGGUUUUGGUUUAGCGACUUAUUACAAAGAUGGAAGAACCGUGAAUUGUACAAGAUGGACGGCUAGAGAGGUAUUAAAUGGUGACAAAUACUCAGUUAAAAGCGAUAUUUGGUCUAUGGCUUGUUUAAUAUGGGAGAUAUGUUCUUUGGGGGCAACUCCAUAUGGUUCACUCACGAAUACAGAAGUAGCUGAAAAAGUUUUAAGAGGACACACUUUACCGAGACUAGGUUGUAUGGACACCGAAUUUUAUCAAACGCUUUUGAAUUGUUGGCAAUUAAGUAGUGAUGAAAGGCCGUAUGUUAACGCAUUGGAGGAGUCUAUUGAGCAGUUUUUGGGAGAUCCGACGGUUUUUCUUGCGUUUUCUUUGUGUUCAGAUGGAAGUCACGUCUACGAACUAUUUAAUUUUGAACUGGAAUUGAAUCCUCCAAUGAUGUAAAUUUAGUUUAGCGACGCGAUACAAAAUAGUUGUUUUUGAUAAAGGACUUAAUUAAUUACGAGGUGCUCCUAAAAAUUUUUUAAAAAAUUCUUAUCGAACAUCUUUUAAAAUGAAAUCACUUCCGUCCAAAAUAUACAUUCCGCCAACUUUAAUACAAAUAACUAUUUUAGUAUCCGUAAAAUUAAUUUUUACCUUUUUUUUUACUUAGCGAUUGAGAAUAUCGCAAAUGUUAUUGUGUAUGUUAUUAAAAUGAUAAUAAAAGGGGUUAUUAAAAGA